AACCAGGAAGUACUUUUCGAUGCUACGGCUAAAUAGCUAUGGAUGGAGGGGUGAGAGUGAGAGGAUGUGACAGCAAAGUUUGUGUCUGAUAGAUUUAUUGGUUCAACUACUGUUUAUGUGGGUUAAAUUAAUAGUGGAUAACACGGCGACUACCAGCCAGUUCUGGUAAUUGAAGAGAAGUGAAAGUUGUGCACCAUUAAAAUGUCUUUCUUACCACUGUCUGAUAGGCCAUGAUAGGCUUGUCAAGUUAUGCAGGGGUUAUGGAAAGUCUAAUGAAUUCUGCUGAAGAGCAGCAGGCCUCCUGUCCUCUGGCCAAUUCAUGGUCCAAAACACAGGAAUCAAGCAAGAACCAAAAGCCGAAAGGUGUUGGUGGAUUUGUUUUAGUCCAUGCAGGAGCAGGAUACCAUUCUGAAUCUAAGGCCAAGGAGUAUAAGCAUGUGUGCAAAAGGGCCUGCCAACGGGCAGUGGACCAGCUCAAAUCUGGGGCUCUAGCAGUGGAAGCGGUUGCUGCAGCGCUAGUGGAACUUGAGGACUCUCCGUUUACAAAUGCGGGAAUGGGCUCCAACCUUAAUUUGUCUGGGGAAAUUGAAUGUGAUGCCAGUAUCAUGGAUGGGAAGUCGCUGCAUUAUGGAGCUGUAGGUGCCAUUAGUGGUAUUAAGAACCCAGUCUUAGUCGCAAAUCGUCUACUGAGUGAAGCUCAGAAAGGGAAGCUUUCAGCUGGCAGAAUUCCCCCCUGUUUCUUAGUAGGGCGAGGAGCACAUGACUGGGCUGUUAGCCAUGGCAUACCACCUUGUCCCUCAGAAAAAAUGGCUACCAAGUUCAGUUUAUCUGCUUAUAAGAGGAACAAACGGAAGAUGGAGCUGGCAGAGAAAAUGGACACAGGGCAUAAUCAGACAAAGAAAAGACGACAAUCAAGUGAAAAUGAAUAUGGUUCAGGGUGCCUCGACACAGUGGGAGCCGUUGUGGUCGAUCUGGAGGGCAACGUAGCUGCAGCGGUGUCCAGCGGGGGUCUGGCAAUGAAACACCCCGGCAGGGUUGGCCAGGCAGCUCACUAUGGAUGUGGCUGCUGGGCGGAAAAUGCGUGUAAUAUGAAUCCCUAUUCAACAGCAGUGAGUACUUCAGGCUGUGGAGAGCAUCUGAUUCGCACCAUGCUGGCUCGGGAAUGCUCUGCUGCCAUGCAGUCUGAAGAUGCCCACCAAGCACUGCUCGAGGCUAUGCAAAACAAAUUCAUCAGUUCACCCUUUCUGGCCAGUGAGGACCGUGUUUUGGGCGGAGUGAUUGUCUUGCGGUGCUGCAGAUGUGUGGAAGCUCAGCCAUCUCAGAACAUUCAGGGUAUACUGGUGGAGUUCCUAUGGAGUCACACCACAGAAAGCAUGUGUGUUGGUUACAUGUCUGCCCAAGACAGCAAAGCAAAGACACAUAUAUCCAGAUUACCGCCCGGGACCGUUCCUGGUCAGUCUCUGGCCAUCGAGGGAGGUGUGUGUCGACUGAUGAGCGUAGCGGAGUGAACCGCAUCUGCCCUCCUUUCAGGCCCCUUCAGCAAUACUCCCAUACAGCCCCCCUCUGCCCUCAAAGACCCCCAGUCACCCACACGCACAAUUCCUUCACCUCUCCACCUUUGUGAUGCCAGAAGUAAUAAGCUUUAGCUAAUUUAACGGGGUGUCCAGGAAGGAGCGAGGGGUGUAAGCUUCAACUUAGUGCACUUACAAGACUUCCUUUUGCCACUGUCUGCCUCCAGCAUGUACUCUAUGCCAGUUACACCUCCCUCUGUCUCACUCCCCAAGCUUUCCAGUGUCACCUGGAUGAGACUUGAUACACCAUUGCCUUGAUUCACCGUUUUUCUUUGUUUCUCUUUAUCAACUAAAAGUGGUAUCCUUCUUUUUGUACAUAAGCUAUGAUUUAGGAAAGCAGGGUGGAUGUUCAAGUAAUUUUGUAUUGCUGAACAGAUGUAACUAUUUUCAGACCUUUAGUAAUUUUAAUAAAAAGAUGUCACAUUGUUGCACCUUGUGGAAAACCUGCUACUCGAGGUAAUUGUUGUGGUCGAAGCAUUUGUAAUGAACAGAGUUAAACAGUUAUAAUAACAUAUACAGAAGAACUUCCAUGUACUCAUAUACACUUAUAAAUUCUCCAGACGUACUUUAUAAUGUAGCAUUAUGUGCAUCUUAGAUCAUGAUGAAUUUAUAACCAUUAUGGCCAUAGAAUUUGCUUUGCUCUGAUUUUUAUUUUAUUUUAUGUUCUGAUUUUAAUGUGAAUGCAUAGCUAUUGCAUGUAAAACUCUACAGUAAGCCACUUUGUUUUCUCCGACAGGUUUUUAGAAUUGAUUGAGAUGGAAGCUAUGCAUUUCCAGAGUGAUAUGUAGUGCUCAGGUAGCAGUUUUUGGACCCAACCUCCAACCGUGACUGUUAGUCAUCACUUAAAAAAUUUAUAUUUGUAUAGUCACAUUGACAGAGAUGUUUUUACUUGUUUAGAGAGAAAAUGCUUUUUAAGGCCCAUGUAAUGGUGCUGUUGAAAAUUGUACUUGAAAGCAGUGAUGGUCUAAAUUGACUUGUGUUGGGAUAAUCAGUUUCUCGCUCAGUUACUAAUAAGAAUUCAAGUAUCAAUGAAGCCACAUUAGAGCUUGUUUAUUCUUUACUUGAAAAUGCAACUAAUAUAAAAUUGUAUAAGCUAUUGAAAUUGUAAUAUGUGGACAGCUCUCUACAGUGCUCAAAAGGUAAAUAAACUCUAUGUUGUUACA